AUGGGGACAAGCCUGUCCCCGAGCAGGGGGAAGGAUUCCAAGUCCCGCAGGGACCGGGACUCGCGGAAGGUGGAGGACGAGGAUGAGAACGCGCUGAAGAAGGAGAAGGUGCAGGCAAGGAAGGGGUUGGAUGCUGCUUCUGGGGGCAGCUGCUGUCCCACUGGCGGGAAUGGAGCCUUCGGGGCUGCUGACGGCCCGACCCUUCAUUUGCAGGCCCAGCCGCUGUCCCUGGAGGAGCUGCUGGCCAAGAAGAAGGCAGAAGAAGAGGCUGAAGCCAAGCCCAAAUUCCUGUCCAAAGCGGAGCGCGAGGCCGAGGCCCUGCGGCGGCGGCAGCAGGAGGUCGAGGAGCGGCAGCGGCUGCUCGAAGAGGAGAGGAAGAAGCGGAAGCAGUUCCAGGAGAUGGGCAGGAAGAUGCUGGAAGACCCUCAGGAGCGUGAGCGCAGGGAGCGCCGGGAGCGCAUGGAGCGGGAAACCAACGGCACGGAGGACGAGGAGGGCAGGCAGAAGAUCCGCGAGGAGAAAGACAAGAGCAAAGAGCUCCACGCUAUCAAGGAACGGUACCUGGGAGGAGUGAAGAAGCGGCGCCGCACGCGGCACCUCAACGACCGCAAGUUCGUCUUCGAGUGGGACGCGUCCGAGGACACGUCCAUCGACUACAACCCGCUGUACAAGGAGCGGCACCAGGUGCAGCUGCUGGGCCGGGGCUUCAUCGCUGGCAUCGACCUGAAGCAGCAGAAACGGGAGCAGUCCCGGUUCUACGGAGACCUGAUGGAGAAGAGGCGGACGCUGGAGGAGAAGGAGCAGGAAGAGGCCCGGCUGCGGAAGCUGCGGAAGAAGGAGGCCAAGCAGCGCUGGGAUGACCGGCACUGGUCCCAGAAGAAGCUGGACGAGAUGACGGACAGGGACUGGCGCAUCUUCCGCGAGGACUACAGCAUCACCACCAAGGGGGGCAAGAUUCCCAACCCCAUCCGCUCCUGGAAGGACUCCUCCCUGCCCCCACACAUCCUGGAGGUCAUCGACAAGUGCGGCUACAAGAUCGUCAUCGCCACGCCGGGGCGGCUCAUCGACGUGCUGGAGAACCGCUACCUGGUGCUGAGCCGCUGCACCUACGUGGUGCUGGACGAGGCUGACCGCAUGAUCGACAUGGGCUUCGAGCCCGACGUGCAGAAGAUCCUGGAGCACAUGCCUGUCACCAACCAAAAACCCGACACCGAUGAGGCCGAGGACCCGGAGAAGAUGUUGGCCAACUUCGAGUCGGGGAAACACAAGUACAGGCAGACCGUGAUGUUCACGGCCACGAUGCCGCCCGCGGUGGAGCGCCUGGCCCGCAGCUACCUGCGCCGCCCGGCCGUGGUCUACAUCGGCUCCGCCGGGAAGCCUCACGAGCGCGUGGAGCAGAAGGUCUUCCUCAUGUCGGAGUCGGAGAAGAGGAAGAAGCUGUUGGCCAUCCUGGAACAGGGCUUCGACCCGCCCAUCAUCAUCUUCGUCAACCAGAAGAAGGGCUGCGACGUGCUGGCCAAGUCACUGGAGAAGAUGGGGUACAACGCGUGCACCCUGCACGGCGGCAAGGGCCAGGAGCAGCGAGAGUUCGCCCUGUCCAACCUGAAGGCCGGGGCCAAGGACAUCCUGGUGGCCACGGACGUGGCCGGUCGCGGUAUCGACAUCCACGACGUCUCCAUGGUC